AGAUUUUUUGGUUGGCUCAGAGGUCCCAGUAGAGCAAGCGAGACAAACACCUUCAUAAACCCCUAACUAAGGUGUUUCCGCCGCGAAGAGGAAGAAGAAGAAGAAGAAGAAGAAGAAGAAGGCAUCGUUGUUCUCUGCAAUGGCGGUCUUCGAUCACUUCGAGAACAUGUACGACGUUGCGUUCAAACCCCGCUUGCUUCUCUCCCUCAUCAGAGACCACCUUCCCGACGACAGCACCCCCUUUUCCAACCCUUCCAAUCUCUCCAACCUCCUCUCCCUCAUCAAAACGCACUCUCUCCUCUCCGAGUCCUUCGCACAAUCCACGCCCCACAAACACGCUCAAGCGUGGAAAUCCGCGUUCGCUUCCUGGCUCGACCGCAUUUACUCCCUCAUCUCCACCACUGUGCCAGAUAAAUGCUGGGCGGGGAUCUCUCUGCUGGGGGUUACUUGUGAGGAAUGCAGUUCUGAGCGUUUCCUAGAAUCUUACUCUCUUUGGUUCCAAAAGUUGCUGCCUUUUCUACAGUCACCAGCAGAUUGUCAUUUAGUGAGGGUAGCUGCUUGUGCUUCAAUGUCUGAUUUAUUUGUAAGGUUAAGUGGAUAUCCAAAGAUCAAGAAAGAUUCAUCUUCCUGUGCUGUGAAAGUUGUUCAGCCUACUUUGAAGAUGUUGAAUGAUGAGAACUCAGAGGCAGUAUGGGAUGCUGCAGUUCAUUUGUUAUGUACCAUAAUAACUUCAUUCCCAUUUUCUAUUCGGAAUCAUUAUGAAAGUGUUGAAUCUGCUAUUGCUUUAAAACUUUUGUCUGGAGGAUGCAGUCUUGAUAUGUUGAAGAAACUCGCACAUUGCCUCGCACUGCUUCCAAAAUCAAAAGGGGAUGAAGAAAGCUGGUCUGUGAUGAUGCAGAAAAUUUUGAUGUUAAUAAAUGAUCAAUUAAAUUUAGCCUUUCAUGGUCUGGAAGAAGAAACCAUGCGGAACAUGGUUACUAGGUUGUUGUUUUGGCCUGGUAAACAUCCUCCAUCACCGCUAGGAGGCUAUGUAUUAGCAGAUGAAGUUCGUAACAAGGCAUCAAACACGUCUGAGCAAUCACUGAUGUCUAAUGUCUCUACACUUAUGUUUGGCUGUCGCAUGAUGCUUACAAAUUCAUACCCUGUUAAGGUAAAUGUGCCUGUUCGCCUGUUAUUGGCCCUUGUUGAGAGGAUUCUGAUGGUAAAUGGCUCUUUGCCACAAAUGUCAUUGCCAUUCAUGACUGCCAAGCAGCAAGAGAACAUUUGUUCAGAACUUCCAGUUUUGCACUUGAGUAGCCUGGAAUUGCUUACUGCUAUCAUAAAGGCCAUGGGCAGUCAACUAUUACCACAUGCUGCCUAUAUUGUGCGCAUUGUUACAAAGUACUUCAAAACAUGUGAGCUGCCAGAUAUAAGGAUUAAGGUCUAUUCAGUCGCAAAGAAUUUGCUCUUAACCAUGGGUGUUGGAAUGGCUUUAUACCUUGCACAGGAAGUUAUUAACAAUGCAUUUGCUGAUUUAAGUAAUAUUGAGCAUAAGAAUGGUGGCAUGUUAAAUGGUUCAAAUUUAAAUGCCUCUGCUGGAGCACCGUUACCACCAGGUCAUAGAAAAAGGAAGCACAUCAGUACAAAUGGUUCUCUUCAGGCGCAUGAUGAAGGUGGUGGUCUGGGUGUGGAAGUUCCCAAGAAUUGUCCAUUGACUCCAAUUUCUCUGAGGAUAGCUGCACUUGAGACAUUAGAGGCUCUUGUUACUGUGGCUGGUGCUUUAAAAUCCGAACCCUGGAGAUCAAAAGUUGAUAGCCUUUUGAUAGUCGUAGCAAUGGAUUCUUUUAAGGAAGGACCAGUUAGUGAAGAAACAAGUAUGUUUCAACAAAAGGAACCUGCUGCAACUGCCACAGACUUGCAGCUUGCUGCAUUGCGUGCUCUGUUGGUAUCUUUUCUUUCAUUUGCUAGGGUACGACCUCCAUAUUUAGCCCAGGGCCUUGAACUUUUCCGUAGAGGGAAGCAACAAACUGGAACAAAACUAGCUGAGUUCUGUCUCCAUGCUCUGUUAACCUUGGAAGUGCUUAUACAUCCUAGGGCACUUCCUUUAGUUGAUUAUGCCUAUGCAAAUAACCAUUCUUUUGGUGAAGCUAAUAGUAAUCUCCAACAUGAAUAUUUUGGCCGGAAUGACCAUACUCCAUAUGGUUUUCCACAAGCUCCUCCUGACUAUGAUGAUGAUCUGUGUGCUAGAUGGUUUGAAAAUGGCAAUGAAGCUGAUGUGUCAUUGGCUAAAAAUACAAAACACACCCCAGAGCCUUCUGAAGAUUGCAUAGCUAAUGAUCCUGAAGUCCUUGACUCCAAUUUACUGGAGAGAGCUGAGAUGGUGUCUGAGACUGCCACUUGUGCAGAUGUUGAAAUGAAAACUGUUGAGGAUGAAAUCAAUUUGAAGUCAGAUCAACCGGGAGAAUCUGUGGUACAAUUUCAGGAAUCUGUCUCUUGCACCACAAACAUCCCCGAGGCCAAAACUCACAGUGAUGUAGCUGAUGAUAACAACGAGAAGAUUGUUUCAGAAAGCACUCUUCCUCAUAAUGAAGCCAGUCACAUGGAAUCAGGACAAGGAAGCUCGGUUAAUAAAGACUUUGGAUUAGCUUUUCAGAGUAAUAGUUUUGGGCAAAGAACCUCAGGCUCUAGUAUUUUGGAGGAAUUUGCUUUAAAAUUUGGCCAGGACAAUUCACUGGACGAUGGAGAUAGUUUUCCUGAUAUUGUGGAUGGAGACCCAGAUUCUAAUUCCGACUGAAGGGAAGAUUUUGUAAUUUAUUUUUAUCCAUAGAAGUAUAAGGAACAUUUAGUGUAGUUCAAUUUCAUUCUCUUUUUUCUAUCAAUUUUCUUAAGGUAAAACAUUUGAAGUUUUGACCUUAUAAAAAAUGAGAAUGAUAUUCCAGUUUUGACCGUUUGCAAAAACAGAAAGUGAUAUGCAGGCUUCAUACUUUUUUUUUUUGCACUA